GGACCUGGGACUGCUCCCGCAGCCAAUCAAUGCUCGGCUUUAACCACACUGACGAAGUUAGCAGUUUAUCGCUGUUUUAGGUGGCGCUUGAAGGAAACAACAUACUUUGACUUCUGCUUUUCGUCUCUCCCGCUUGUUGUCAGUCUGUAAAAUGCCGCUGGAGGGGCCAGCCUCCGCCUCACUGAACAGACUUCGGGUCAAAAGUUAGGUACGGGAGCGGACAGAGCCCGCUGUGAGUGAAGAAAAAGAUGUAUCUGCGCCUCGUCAUCGCUGGAAGUCUCGGCCUGCUGUGGUACUUUUCAGACUGCGGUCGUGCGCUGGCUCAGCUCUUCAUAUUUCUUCUUUUUUGCUUUUCGACUCCAUUGUUGUGUGCGAGCGGCGGGCGAGAGAACAGCACGCAGACCGACGAGGAGACCUCUAAACACCCGCUGCUGGAAACUGAUGAAGAGGAGUCCUCUGACUUGAUUGAUGGGGAAGCUCUAGCUCUGUCUGACCCAUUGAAGCCACGCUGUCCUGACGUGAAGAGGUCUUUGCAGGAAGUGUUCGAGUGUGCCUAUGCUCAGCUGGUCCUGCCCUGGUAUGAAGUGCCUGAGCCCCGCCAGCAGCAGCCUCUCCACCAGGUCCUCAGCAGAGAAAUUGACUUUGUGAUCGAUCGCAUCAUUGAGAGGGCCAUAGACUUUGAUAUCUCCCAGGCGGUGGUGGGCUCCAUUCGGAUUUUCACGCAGCACCUGCAUAAUGCAAAGCAGCCUGACAGAGAGCUCUUGUUCAGCUCCAGAGCAGAGGAGUUCGCAGUUCUCAGGGAGCUUUCUGAUGCCCUGGUUCGCAAGCUUUUUUCCAAAUCUCUCUUGGGGCAAGAAGUGAACUGCUGUGCCUUAAAUGAGAUCAUUGCCUUGAAGGGGUUGGGGUUGUUGGUGAACUGGCUAUCUGACCCCGACAACCUGAACCAGCUGGUGGUAAACCAGCUCGACAGCGUCUCCCUGAAAAACUCUGCUGAGGAGCUGCACGUUUUUGACCCAGAUGAAGCCUCCCUGGAUUCGCAAGGCACUGAAGGCGGUGGAGUGAGUUUGUCUGGAGAAGCUGCUUCAAGUGAUUGUGAGAUCAAGGAAAAAGCAAAAGUUAACAGGUUAAAGGUGGGGUGGUCCAAAUUUGUUGAAAAGGUGAAGUCCAAGAAAGCCAAAAAGAAGAAGAUGAAGCGACUGGAGCAGGAGUUGGUGAUGAGGUUUAUGUCCGUCCAGACUGAAGCAGCCAUUGAGGAUAACGGGAGCAGCAGAGAAAACUCUGUUGUUGAUCAGGAGGAGUCUGACAGGGAAGACAGUGAUUUUGAAGACUAUCUGGCAAGCGUCCAAGAGGACCUGAUUGAAUUCAAGCUGUCUUAUGAGAUGUGGCGUGUCGGCCGCUGGACUGUCAGCAUCCCUCAUGCUGACUGGGAGGAAGAGGAGGGGGAGGAGGAGAAGGAGCUGACCUUCACAGUACACCUGGAAGAAAAACGCAGCCCAGAGAAUCUGCAGUGGGACAUCAAGAAGACCUACACGGAUGUUGUCCAUUUUCGCAACAGAUGGCAGGAUUCCACCAACAUUUCUGAAAUUCUGGAGCUGGGCGAGGGUGAGGUCAGCAGUGAGAGAAAAGAGGAAGCACGGGCAUCAGUCGAGCGCUUCCUGCAGGAAUUGAUUUCUGACGAUGUGAUUGGCCACAGUCAGCCAGUCUUUCAGUUCCUGUGUCCACUCGACAAACUUCUGAAUGAAGAAGUUCAGUCUGGAGGUGUGUGGGGGCUUCUCAGUGGUCUGGCUUAUCUACUGACUCCUGGUCAGGAGGAAGAAGAGAGCUCUAGCCUACAGACAGAAGUCCCAAAAGAAAACAUGGUGUCAUCUACUCUAAAGACAGAAUCCACAGCUGAGUCUUUAGAGAAUCACUGUAACUCGGCUCAGAAUGGCAGUGUUACCUCCCCUCUCCCAUCUAUCGUCAUCUCCCAGUACAAUUCUCCUCAACUAUCAGUGGAAGCAAAGGGGGAUCAAGAUCCGCUGCCGCCUGCUGUUGAAUCAAACGGCUCACAUGACAGCGGCUCCCAAGACAAACCGGAGGACCCUGAAAACAGCUUUACCACUCACUUGAAAACAAUCAUCAUGAAAGGACUGACCAGAUCCAGGUCGCAGGACUCUCUGACCUCGACGAAGAGCGACGAAGUGUCUGACACCACAUCGCAGCAGGAGGGACCAGAAACGCCAUCGCCGCGCAGUUUCAACCCAAGGUCAAAUAAAAAGGAGAGAUCCCAUUUCAGGAUGGCUAUUGCGGGGAGCAAGGCCAAAGGGAAAGAAGCACAGAAAGGAGAGGACUCACAGUGUCAGAAGUGUCAGACCAGCUGGGAGCAGCUGGAGGUCACCAAAGCCAUAUUUGAUCUGCUGAAAGAAAUCUCAGGAAACUCCAUACUUGUUAACUUCUUUGAUGCCUUUUUAAAACCUGUGAUGCCAAUCUUGAAAAAGAAAAUUAAUUCUUUUCUCAAUAAGAUGAUCCCCACAGAGGAGAACAUGGCCGGGUACAUUGACAUUCUCAAGAAUAAACAGUGGCCCAAGUGUCCGGCAGCAGUUCCUCCUCCUCCUCGCACCAAAGAGGAUAAAGAGGAGACCAGAGCGCGAGCACACGACCUCAUCAAUGCCAAAUAUUCAAACUUUAUUGUCCUGAAGAAGACGGACGUGGAGUCGGUUUUCAAUCUUUUUCAGGACAGCGAGGAAAACAAAAUGUUGAUUUAUAGACUUCUUUCGUUCCUGUUACGAGAGUUUUUGCAAGACGAGAAAUUUCUGAAUGGGACUUCUGCAGCUCUUCAGAAACUUUACACCUCCACUAACUGAAUGAACGCCUGCUUGUGUUUUCAGAUCUCAUAUUGUUGGAACAUCUUUAAAUGCCUUAAAAGAUAUUCAGGACAAUUUGAGUCAAACAUAACAGUAUGCUUUUCCUUUUUACUUCAAAUUUACUGUGAAGUUUUCCCUUGAAAUGACCUGAGUGCCUUUUCAGCUGUCUGUGUAAAAACUGUGAAAAUAUCUGGGAUUUUGCUCAAAUUAUGAUCAAAAACUGAGCCUGAUCUGAACUUUAUACUUGUCUGAAUUUCACCCUUGAUUUUUUUGUGUACAAGCCAUGUUUUUCUAAAAGUUUUGUCACGUUGAGCACUUUUUCGUGGUGAGGAUGUUGUUUUUUCUCUAUAUAAAAACAUAUCUAAGAAGGCCAAAUUGUAUAUCAGUUUGUUGAUCUCAAUGUGCUGAUCGUUUAAAUGGAAGAAACUUGAAUUUUUGCUAAUAAAAUAUUUUUGAUAAAACUGGA